UCUCUCUAAUAAUCUGAACAAAAAAAAAAAGAUGAUCUCUCUCUGAGUCUAUAUAUUUGUUUUAAGCGUGCGAUCACAAAAUAAAACAUAAUUUGUUGUUGUUUGUGUUGGAUCUUGUUGAGAUGGAAGAGAAUCAUAACGAGGAUGAUAGUAAGAGAGAGGGGCUACUAUUGAAGAAAGAGAAUAAUUAUAAUUGUUAUGAUGAGAACUGCCCCGGUUGCAAGGUGGAAAGAGCGAAACAGAUGAAGACAGACAUGUCCAUACGAAACCUCUUCAACAUAUGGUUGGUCGUCUUAUGCAGCUGUAAGUGAUUUUCAUAUUGCCAAAAGAGAGGAAGACAUAAGUGGCUAUGCUGGUUAUGUAGGAUCUUCAUUCAUGCUGGGGAGAGCUCUAACAUCUAUAUUAUGGGGAAUGGUAUCUGAUCGUUAUGGUAGAAAACCCGUUAUUGUUUUCGGUGUUAUUACUGUUGUGAUAUUCAACAUAUUAUUUGGGCUCAGCACAAAUCUUUGGAUGGCUAUUAGCAUGCGAUUUCUACUUGGAAGUUUAAAUGGUUUGCUUGGACCAAUAAAAGCUUAUGCUACUGAGAUUUGCAGAGAAGAACACCAAGCUAUUGGACUCUCAACCGUUGUUGCAGCUUGGGGAGUAGGUUUAGUCGUUGGACCAGCAUUGGGAGGUUAUCUUGCUCAGCCAGUAGAGAAAUACCCAAAUAUAUUUCCAAAGAAUUCCUUUUGGGAUAAGUUUCCAUAUUUCUUACCCUGCUUCAUAAUAUCAGUUUUUGCAUUUGUGGUAGCAAUUGCAUGCAUUUGGCUUCCGGAGACACUUCACAACCACAAAGAUAACAAUAAAUCCAUUGAUAAAGCUGAAGCUUUAGAAGGUGGAAGUAAUAAUGAUGAUGAAGCUGAAGAAGAAAAGAGUAUCUUCCAAAAUUGGCCCUUAAUGUCCUCUGUCAUUGUCUACUGUGUUUUCUCACUUCAUGACAUUGCUUAUCAAGAGGUAUUCUCAUUAUGGGCUGUUAGUCCUGGAAGGUUGGGUGGUUUGAAUUUUACAACUGAUAAUGUUGGUACUGUUCUUGCAAUUUCAGGUAUUGCUAUUAUAAUAUACCAGCUAAGCCUAUACCCAAUGGUGCAAAAAGCCUGUGGGCCCGUUACUCUUGCUCGUCUCACAGCGGUGUUAAGUAUACCAUUGUUGCAAAGUUAUCCUUUCAUGAGAAUGUUAUCAGGCUUCACACUCUACGCAGUUAUAAGUUCUGCUUCCAUUCUUAAAAGUCUUGCAACUGAAACAAUUGCAACCGGUUUGUUCAUUCUGCAAAAUAGAGCAGUGGAACAACAUCAAAGAGGGGCAGCAAAUGGCAUUGCCAUGACUGCUAUGUCUGCAUUCAAAACAAUUGGCCCAGCUGCAGGUGGUGCAUUGUUAACUUGGUCUCAGAAGCGACUAGAUGCCUCUUUUCUCCCUGGGACGCAUAUGGUAUUUCUUAUCCUUAAUGUUGUUGAAGGAGUUGGGGUGCUGCUCAUGUUUAAACCAUUCUUGAGUGUAAAGAAGUAAACUUAAUUUGUGCAAGCAAUGGGAUUAGAAUUAACACUUGCAUUUAUUUUGAGUUCUUCAUAGAUUAUUAUUAUUAUUAUUAUUAUUAUUAUUAUUAUUAUUAUUAUUAUUAUUGAUGGUGUCAUUAUUAUUAGCUAAGAAAACAUAAUGAAGAAAUGUUUAAUUUUUGUAUGAUUUUGGCUUAGAUAUCUUUAUCUAAUUUUAUUGAGACUUCAGUUACUGAGUUCUCAAUUAGAGUGAA